AUGUUUCAGGAGGAACAAUGUGAAGAUGCAGGGAAGUCUGAGGGGAAAACAUCAUCAGGAAAACACACGGUCCUGCUGAACGCGGUGUUCAGCUCUCCUUUGAAUGACCUCAGCGCUGACUUUGUUAAGUACCAGGAGAUGAUUGAGACCACACUGGAUAUGAAUCAGAUCGAGCACCACGAGUUCCUGGUGAAGCCGUCAUUUGACCUCACUCUGAGCGAGCUGAGUGAGACUAUGGACAGCCUGGAGAAGAGCAUGCAGGGUGCCCUGAAUGCUGCUGCCAGAGAGCUGGGCCUGGAGGGGGGGAAGACGGUGAAGCUGGAGUCGAACGCCCAGCUGGGGUACUUCCUCAGAGUCACCUGCAAGGAGGAGAAGAACCUGCGCAACAACAAGAAGUUCACCACGCUGGACGUGCAGAAGAACGGAGUCCGCUUCACCAACAGCAAGCUGAGCUCUCUGAACGAGGAGUACACCAAGAGCAGGGAGGAGUACGAGGAGGCCCAGAACGCCAUCGUCAAGGAGAUCCUCAGCAUCGCCUCCGGCUACGUGGACCCCUUGCAGAUGCUGAACGACGUGAUCGCCCAGCUGGACGCGGUGGUGAGCCUGGCCCUGGUGUCCCACUCCGCCCCUGUGCCCUACGUGCGCCCCAGGGUCCUGGAGAAGGGGUCCGGGAGGCUGCUGCUGAAGGGGGCCAGGCACCCCUGCAUCGAGGCCCAGGACGAUGUGUCCUUCGCCCGAGGAGAGGAGAUGUUCCACAUCAUCACCGGCCCAAACAUGGGCGGCAAGUCCACCUACAUCCGGCAGGUGGGGGUGAUCGUGCUGAUGGCGCAGAUGGGCUGCUUCGUGCCGUGCGAGGAGGCGGAGAUCAGCGUGGCGGACUCGGUGCUGGCCCGCGUCGGCGCCGGCGACAGCCAGAUCAAGGGCGUGUCCACGUUCAUGGCCGAGAUGCUGGAGACCGCCGCCAUCCUCCGCUCAGCCACUGAAGACUCCCUCAUAAUCAUCGAUGAGCUCGGCCGCGGCACCUCCACGUACGACGGCUUCGGUCUGGCGUGGGCGAUCUCCGAGUUCAUCGCCUCGCGCAUCAACUGCUUCUGCCUGUUCGCCACGCACUUCCACGAGCUGACCGCCCUGGCCCAGCAGAUCCCGACCGUGCGCAACCUCCACGUCACGGCGCUGACCACCGACAGCACUCUAACCAUGCUGUACAGGGUUAAGAAAGGUGUGUGUGACCAGAGCUUUGGGAUUCACGUGGCGGAGCUGGCGAGCUUCCCGAAGCACGUGAUUGCCAGCGCGCGGGAGAAAGCCCUGGAGCUGGAGGAGUUCCAGGACGUGACCCAGGCGGGCGGGGAGGAAGAGGAAGGGCCCGAGGCGAAGAGGCGACGUUUAGACAGACAGGAGGGGGAAAAGAUAAUCGAAGGUUUCCUGGCCAAGGUGAAGGCCCUGCCUGCCGCAGACAUGUCUGACCAGGCCAUCCAGGAGGAGCUCAGGAAACUGAAAGCCGAGGUUCUGGCCCAGAACAACAGCUUCGUGAGCGAGCUCACGUCCCGGUCCACAAGCAGCGCUUAAAGCAAGGGCCCGACCCCCCAACCCCCCAAAAACCCCAAAACACUCUAGAUAAUUAUCUGCACUCCUAGCCCCAACAAACAUGUGCCAGUCCAGUCCAAACCGGGCCUGUCCGGUUCAGUCCAGUUUGCUAGUUUGGGGCAGGUGGGUUGUAGGUAAUGGUACAGUACGUUUGUAGAUCUUUGUUCCAUUUUAGAACAGUCAUUUGUCCAUUUUAUUUUCUCCUGUUUUUUCUGUUGUGCUGUUAAAAACUCUCCACAACACACAAUGGAAAAUAAAGCUUGUGUUUUCCUUAUUGCA